AUGACCGCCGCCGAGUUUGUCCAGGCGCAGGUGAACCAGGCGCUUGAGCGGGUGCAGGCCGCCGACGAUGUCGCGAACCAAAACGUGACGGCCAACAAGCACGCCACCGAGAGUGUCGAGCGGCUGAUCCACCGCGCCUGCACCACCGUCGCGGAUCGCCGCGUGAACGAGUUCGACCAGACCCGUGUCAACACAUUGCUGCAGCGGCCGGCUAUCUGGGACCGUCCGAUCCAGAUCCACCUGAAGCCAGCCACGUACCGGCGCUAUAUCCGGAUCUGCCAGCGCCUGACCUGCUUCGCCUAUCACACCAGCCGUCCAGACCAGAGUAUCGUGCUCCGCCACCAGCCGACCACCAUCCAGCUCGCUGCCGUAGACCGGAUGGAGAAAUAUGUGCUCCGGCUUCAUGGGGAUAGUGCAAAAGACCAGGCCGAGCUUGACACUCACAAACUCAAACAGGAUUAUAACAUGGCUGCGGUUAGAACACGGUCGGAUCGCUUGACCAAGUAUCUUCAGGAUUUUAUCACUGGAAAGCAGACAGUUUAG